GCCAUUUGGAUGCUGACGGUGGUCACGACAAGGUGUCAGGCUACCAAUCACGAAAACACGGAGGUGGACGGGAACUCGGAAGAUUCUGUUAUCGACGACGCGACCGAGGAUUAUUGGGCGAGUAGCGGAUCGGGACCCGAUGAGGAUGAUUCCCCUCAUAACGAAACCAGAGAAGCGUUAACUCACGAGGCCAGCGACCACGAUACUGUCGUGUAUGUUGGCGAUGGCAGCGCUUAUGUGCCAAUUCCAUCGUUAAAGACUCGACCCGCGAAUCCGAAUCUCCAAGCCCUUCAAACUCUUCAAGGUCUGCAAGGGCUCUCUGCAGGAGGAGGAGGUACAGAUGUAGUCGGUGAUGAGGACUGGAGGAGACACCCAGAGACCUGGGAUCGCGAACACCGAAGAUACAGACCCAAUACGACGCGAGUGCAACAUAUCGAGGCGGAAUGUCAAGAUGACUACAUGAAAAUCAGAAUUGGAUUCAACGGAUCUUUCGCCGGCCUCUUAUAUUCAGCAGGCUACUCGUACGAUCCCGAUUGCAUGUACGUUAACGGAACGGGCCGCGACUACUACGAGUUCUACAUUCAGCUGAAUCGAUGCGGCACCCUCGGCGAGAACACUCAUCAUCAGGACAGCAGGAAGAAUCCGACGAAAAAUCUCAUGUGGAACACGGUCACGGUACAGUACAAUCCAUUGAUAGAGGAGGAAUUUGACGAGCAUUUUAAGGUCACUUGCGAGUACGGCUACGACUUUUGGAAAACGGUGACAUUUCCCUUUCUUGAUGUCGAGGUCGCCACGGGAAAUCCCGUAGUCUUCACCCUGCAGCCUCCGGAGUGCUACAUGGAAAUCAGAUACGGUUACGGGACCACUGGAACUAGAGUGGCUGGACCAGUUCGCGUCGGCGAUCCCUUGACUCUCAUUAUCUACAUGCGCAGUAAAUACGACGGUUUUGAUAUCGUCGUGAACGAUUGCUACGCGCAUAAUGGCGGAAACAAAAGAAUUCAAUUGAUAGAUCAAUACGGAUGUCCAGUGGAUGACAAAUUAAUCAGCCGGUUUCGAGGUUCCUGGUCGGAAAGUGGUUUAUUCGAGACGCAAGUCUUCGCUUACAUGAAGACCUUUAGGUUCACAGGAUCGCCGGCCCUAUACAUCGAAUGCGAUGUUCGCAUGUGCCACGGAAGAUGUCCGAGUCAACCUUGUCACUGGAGGAACGCGAAGAACGUGGUAAAACGAUCAACACAGGAAAUGAUCGGUGGACCAACGACACCGGCAACCAGUUUGUCAGAGAACGUGAAUCUCUUCCAAUCUCUUCGUGUCCUGCAGGAAGGCGAAGCGGACACGGAACUGUUCCAGAAUUCUACGAACGCCUUUCGCAGUGGGCUCAGCGAAUCUACGGCUGACAGAGUGUGUCUGAGAUCUUCUGUGGCCAGUUCAAUAAUAGGAGUCGGUUGCGGAUUCAUUUGUAUCAUGGCCGGCACGAUACUCGUGAUGUGCUCGCGAAUGCGACGACACGCGCGAGAAAAAUUAUUGUCGGACAGCAUAAGUUAUAUGACGCAUAAGGGCCGAAUUAAUUAGAAGCAGCGCUAGCGCGCGGAGAAGCCUGUCUCUCUUUCAAAUCUCGGUCGAUCGAGAUAUUCUCGCAUUUCGAUCGAUCGCGAUACUCUCGCUUCUCUAUCGCAUCUCACGGAGUUGCCAAGAGGAGAAUGCUCCGUUGAUAAAAUAGAAACGCAUAUUUUGUGCGUCGUUAAGAUAGAGAAUUAUUGAUAUAAAUGACUGAGCUACUGAUAAGCUGACGAUAUUGGCCGAUAAAAAUUGAAUUAGGGGACAAAACGAAUAAUAAAUUAUUUUGUUAAACAAAUUAAA